AAUUUUAUUGUAUCAUAACGUCAACGUCACUACAUUUUUAUUUUAUUAUAUUUGUUUACAGCCUAUAAUAGGUGCUGGGGUACUUUUCGAUAUUCAUACAUUUUUAUACAUACCUACAACUUUUGAAGAAAUCGUAGUUCAUGUGAAAUUGUGUACAAUAUUAUAUUGAUGUUGAAACAACGUUAGUUAUUCAGUAUUCCAGAAUCAGUAUGAAUUUUUCGUUCUAGUUCACAUACAUUCUCAAAAUUUUUAAAAAUGUAUCUAAAAACCAUUCUUCUCUGUGCUUUUAUUGUGUUAAAUUCCUUAGUCGAAAGCGCUAGGGAAGAGCGCCCUAAGAGCCUUGAUCAAAAAGUACAGCAGCUAAAUGAUCUAUACCAAAAGAAAUUUUUAGUUAAAUUUAAUGGUCCUAAAUUUAAGGAAUUAGUCAAAUCACCACCAAGAAACUAUUCAGUUAUUAUGAUGUUCACUGCAAUGGCGUCUCAUAGACAAUGUUCAAUAUGCGGGCAUGCUAGUGAUGAAUUUAUAAUUGUAGCAAAUUCAUAUCGCUAUUCUCAUAGAUUAACUGAAAGUCCUUUAUACUUUGGAAUUGUUGACUUUGAUGAGGGAUCUGACAUUUUUCAAAUGUUGCGAAUCAAUACCGCUCCAGUGUUCAUGCAUUUUCCAGCAAAAGGUAAACCCAAACCUUUAGAUACUAUGGAUAUACAAAGAGUUGGUUUUGCAUCAGAAAUGAUUGCCAAAUGGAUACAAGAAAGAACUGAUGUUCAAAUACGAAUAUUCCGACCACCAAAUUAUUCAAGUACAUUGGCGUUAACCAUAUUAUUUGCAAUAUGCUCAUCAUUUUUAUAUAUCAGGCGAAAUAAUAUGGAAAUGUUUUUCAAUAAAAACUUAUGGGGAGUUUUUUCUGUGUUAUUCUGUCUAAAUAUGAUUUCUGGACAAAUGUGGAAUCAUAUAAGAGGCCCACCACUAAUGCAUCGUAAUCAGCAAGGCAUUAUCACAUACAUUCAUAACUCUUCACAAGGACAGUUUAUUGUUGAAACCUACAUCAUAAUUAUAUUGAAUACAAUAUUGGUGUUUGGAGCAGUGAUAAUGAUCGAUUCUUAUACCAAGAAAACAGAUUCUAAGACACGUAAAAUAAUGACUGUUGGUGGUUUAGCAUUGGUUGUAUUUUUAUUCAGCGUUAUUCUAUCUAUAUUUAAAUCAAAAGCACAUGGAUAUCCUUAUAGCUUUCUGAUCAAGUAAUGGAUUUUUGAAUGAGCAUCUACUUAAUUUUUUUUUUUUAUUAUUUAUCAAAAAUUGCACAGACCUUUAAAGUUUAUCAAUUAAUGGUUAAAACGUUUUCAUAUUUGGGUACAA